CUUUGAUAUCAAGGUCUUACCGAUUAGUAAGUAAGUAGAUUUUUCAGAAAACUAAUAUAUCUUGCACGUGAAAGUGCAAUCACUGAGGCGCAUACUAAGUCCAGUACUUAUCCAUAUACUACCAUUGCUGGUAAAAAAGUAUGCGCUUGAUAAAAAAUUCUACGCGACACCCAGAAUUCGUCCUCGCUUGAUUUCCGAUGUUUCAAAGCGAUUCGAACCGCUAUUUACAAGACCGCAGUUUCUACCGCUCCGUCGCGAGAAGCCGGCAAUUUGGGACGAAAAGCUUCGUUUCGAUUAGCAAGAUUCGGCCACGCCUGGAGGUGUGUUUUUCGAUCUUUCGACCUGUCUGAAUGAAACACCAGGGACGAUGAAGCCAGGCUUACCGACGUGAAACCUUUUCUUUACGGGGUGCAACGACACCAAAGUGAUCUUGGUUGCGCCGACACACGAGAAACACUGGUUGGCGCCUCGUUACACCCGUCGUGCAACGGGCGCUCGAGGUCGGACGGCUAGAGGUGUACUUCAGAAUUUCAUCAACGGCAGCUUCCCGUCGUAAAGACACCAACCUGCCUUCGGUCGAUUUCGGUCCUCAUCGAGUGGGCUUCCACGUGGCGCGCGGUGUAAUAUACAGCGGUAGCAAGUAAAAAGGACAAUCCUCACGGCGCAGGAGAGUUUACAGGGCUGAGAGGGGCAACAUGAAUCCGGAACCAGUGCGAAAUUUGGGCCCAUGGUCUUUCACCAUUCAGCAGGAGACGCCAGUUCACUGGCUGCGGACGGGACCGAUGGAGAGCUAUUUGCUGAAAUGCGAGGUCGAGGCUCCCGCAAUUGAGGGCGCCUUAGUCAGCACUGGGGUUCUGUUUUAUGAAAUGCCAUUUGAUAUACAGUGCCGCGUGAAGAUUUGUUUCUUGAUAAUCAAAUACAAAUGCAAGGUCAUGCUACCAGGGAGAUGAAAAAACUCUACUCAAGAAAUGCGCGAUGGAUUCACUGAGCAUCUGCUCGUCGUUCUAAGUUAUACAUUCGGGUGAUGAUGUUUUAGGUGGAGGAAGCGUCUGGAUGGAGGUGAACAAUGGGCGAAAAGUCUACUGCCUUGGAGGGAACGAGUUGGCGAGUAAACCGAUAGUCACGCAAUCGUAUCCGGUCACUACAGUGGUGCGCGGUGGGCGGAACGUCAUCAUAGAGGAGUGGGAAUUCCUACUACAGGGAUUCACAGGAUGCGCGUUUUUUGACUCCCGAAAAGUCAGGAUAAAAUUCUCUCUCAAGGUAUCUCGUUCUCCUGUCUGGACUUUAAAAAUUUGUAGUUAGGCGGAAACUGGCAAGACGACUUCCCGUUUUGGAACGACUAUUGUAUUAUGAUAUGAUACCGUAUAGAAAAUAAUACUCACACCUAUCUGACGUGCGCUACCAGUUAGAAUUAUUUAUUAUGAAUUUGUCCCUGCAAUAAACCUAAAAAUGUCAGCGUGGCAAGGGAGCUAUCGCGUUUUUCAACAGCAGUAAAGGGCCUGCUUGGGAGAACCAAGAGAUGUUUGACCAAAUAUUUUCUGGCGUAGACGUACUCUUUCGCGACAUACGACUAACGGUCGUCGCCAAAAAAGUCGAAUUGGACAGUUUUCUGAAGCAUCCACAGGUCCAGGUAACGGCACCGCAAAAGAAGGUACUAUUGCUAACGUAGUCUCAUGGAUGGAUGAUCCUUAGUGUUUUCACUUUGCUCUAGUGUACUGCAAGUAGAGGAUAAUGAUAUAAGUACUUCUUUAUCAGUAUACCUCUCGAUUGGUGGGUACACUACUAGUACUACAGGUGAAGGAGUUAUGGAACGACAGCGAAGUCGAUACGCAGCGAAAGCGUGCCGAGCGGCGUGCAGAGUUGCUUGCCCCCAAAGACGAGAAGGGAGGACCGCCAGAGCCAGGAGACGUCGGCCCUGAGUUGCUUGGUGAAAAUGUGAAAAGCAUGGAAGAGCUCGAGGACGACUUGAUGAAAGGUGAGCCGGUCUUUUUUUCGCACAAGUACGGGAAUCCAGUAGGUUCGAGCUCAGGCGGAGGCGUAGUUACGGCCGCUAGUAGCACGAGUUGUACACGUAGAGUGUAAGUGAGCAAGAACACUUAUCUUUUCUAACGGGGGAUCGGGAUGCAUUUACACCGGUCACUCGUUUGUAUGAAUUUAAGAAUGCACCUUGUAGGGUAGAAGAUGAAGUCUCUAAUGUUGGAGGUUCUUCGGGAGCGGGUGGAGCGUUGGGGAGCAAAUACUCGCGUUUUGCCGAAGAGAGACGGCGAAAAACGGAUAAGAACAUGAAUCUCGUUGACAAACAGCGCAACCUAGUCGAAAACAUGGGAGAAAGCGUGCUUUUCUCGAGUAGCAGCUCGAGCAGCAAUUUGAAGGGGACCAGGUACACGCAAAUUUCAUUUGAAUUCCAAAUAGAAACCAGCCCAACUUUCAAGGUUAUGAGUUGUAUGACGGCGUUUUGUACAUGAUUCAUUACACGACACGAUGAGUGUAGUGAAAGAAGCUUCUUAAAUAGAAUAAACUCGCUCCACCGAUGAAUCCCCUUUCAUGCUACAAAGAACUACUCGAUAAACCGAACAGGAAUGGAGGUAGCCUGCGAAAUCCCUUACUUCGAGCACAGCCAAAAAGCGAAAAGGAGUUGCUGCUAGAGCGCCAGGAAUACAACGACGAGUGGUUCAAAAAAAGCGAAAACUUUGGUUAUGACGAUUUCACAGACAGGAUUUCUUGACUGGCCUCUGUCUUGAUGUCCUACGAAGGCGCUCUUAUUCAUUCGUGCCAUCAAAAUCAUCCCGUCCUCAGGACUGGGUAUAUCAUCAUCCGGUAUUACACUUAAAAAUGAGCUUGUAGCUAAAUGUCCGAAGCUUCUAAUCUUGCCUGUACGCACAAGAGUAUCGCUUCGGCAUGCCACCUGACAGUCCGGGUAAAGGGCAACACACACGAGAGCGUGAGCGAGAGUUCAAUCAACCACGAGGGCCAAGUCCUGACGACCUAGAAAGAUGGCGAAAGGCGAUGGAAGUAAUCGCUAAAUGUUACUAUAGAUCAUGGUUCUCCGCGUUGAUAUGCUUGGGCUCGUAAAGUCGCAUCUCAUGAUGGAUAGGCUUGCACGGUGCUUUGAUCUCUACCAUACUACUACAGGAACUUCGGAGCAAGCCACAACUGCCUGAAAUAGCGGAGAGUGAAUUGAUGGCGAUCCGGAGACGACUGAAGGAUCAGUUAGAACUCAUAGGGGAGAGGAUAGCCAAGAGCCGAGAAGAGCUCACCGAGCUAGCAAAGAAACGAGGAUUAGCGGAAGAAAAGCAUCCGAGAGAAGUGCAGCAGAAAAUAAUGUCACGUCAGCUGGAAGUAGAACAGAAGUUAUGAAAAAUUCCUCUCUGAUAUUAUACUCGUAGUUAGCACUACCACUUCUUCGUCUGACUCUGACUGAAACUUCUACCCAAACCACAAGUCGUGUUUUAAGUGAGUGUUACUCCUCAACGUUGGUGCAACACCAACAUCCAGAAUCCGCGAAUGCAAGAAAGGUUUCGUCAGGUUCACGACCAUUUUUCAGGUCUAGGGUGUAUCUAGUGUAACUGACUCGUACAUCAAUGUGUCUACUGGAACAUACGACGAGACGCAGAGUCGCGCAUUCCUACAACGGUUGCUUCUUCUUUCAUCUUUCUUGUCGCGAGAUCAACGCGAAGAAGUAAUGCUGAUGGAGAAGAUACGGGAGGUUGAUAUCGAGGUUCAAGAUUUGCGAAGUGAUAAGCCUAGCGUCCGCGAUCUCUUGCCGCCAGUGCUGCAAAAAAUGCUAGACGAGGAUGAGGCGAGGGCGAAACCCGCUAUGAAGAGAUGAUGAUCAUGACGUCGUCGACAAUUUAGAAAUGUGUUUGGUCGUGGUCACCUGGAGGUUGUAGGUCUGAUCUUGUACUUAAAUUUUUGUUUCUUGAGUUUUGUGCCUGUUUUGGAAUUAAAGGUGGUUUCUGCCUGUCGUGGCUCGUCGAGGGGAACAAGCGGAGAUGAUGACGAUCUCUUCAUUCUUAUCGGAUUUCACCAUUACAUUCACGUGCUUAGACUUAGACAAACAGAGAAGGAAGCAAAUAAGGUUGCUUCCGUGGUAAGCAAACGUCCUGAACUUCUUUUCUUCAAGGUCGUGUGAUAGAGUUUGCCUCUUCCAUGUCGUGCUGGGACCGAGCAGCUGGCACAAGCUCUUUUUUCAAAAAGAUGUAGAGCAUCUGUAGAUGCGUUCACUGGGAGGCGAAU